AAAAACGAACACCUAAAAAUUGAAACGCAAACCAAGAGACAAAGAGUCAUGGUUUGUAGUAAACCGGAAAGAGAGUAAAGUGAAAAAAAAAACCCUAACACAAGAGGAAAGAAUCAUUCCGUGGUCUCGCUCGCGGCGCUUCUACCAUCUCUUUCCGUGUCUCGAGAAGAUGGGAUUCCUCUCUCAACAGAUCUCAAGAGAUGAACUCAAACCAGGAGAUCACAUCUAUUCAUGGCGUAGCGCUUACAUCUACUCUCAUCACGGAAUCUAUGUAGGGAAUGGAGAAGUGAUACAUUUCACUUGUGGAGGUGGUUUAGAGACAAGGACAGGGACUUUCGUGGACAACAUCAUCGUUAGUUCAGUUCCUAACCACGGAGGUAACAACCCUUGUCCUAACUGUGGAGACCAAUCAAAUCUCGACGGUGUGAUCUCUUCAUGCCUUGACUGUUUCCUCGCGGGAGGAAACCUCUAUCUAUUCGAGUACGGUGUCUCUAAACCCAUCUUUAUGGCUAAGCCACGUGGCGGUAUCUGCACAACAGCUGUUUCGGACUCCUCUGAUGAAACCAUUCACCGUGCGAGAUACCUUUUAACCAAGAAAAACGGGUUUGGUGUGUAUGAUCUGUUGAAAAACAACUGUGAAGAUUUUGCGAUUUAUUGCAAGACUGGUUUGAUGGUUUUGUCUAAGCUGGGGAGUAGUGGACAGGCUAACUCGUGGUCUGCGGCGCGUGGUGUUUUUUCGUUUGCGGGGACGGUGAAGAGUGUUUCUGUUGGUUCUGCUGCGAGGGUUGUUGUUUCUGGUUUUGCUGGUAUUGGUGUUAUGGCUGUGGUGGGGUAUGGUAACUACUGCUAUGGUCGUUUGAAUGCUGACAUUGGUGUGAGAAAUGAUGCAAACAAGUUUCCUGUGGAAGCGCUUGUUACGCUUAUUGCAAUUAUUGAAGGCAGAGUUGUGGAUGAGAAGAAGUGUAGCUAAGUUUAGCUACUUGUUGUCGUGUGAUUAUGAGUGUUUGAUGUUUGACUGAUUGUUUGCUUCUGUUUUCUUUGUAUGUGACCAUGUGUGCUGCACCCUGUAUUUUGACACUACUUAUCAUGUGAAAAUACAGCCAAAAUAACAUUAUUGCUUUAUCCAA